UCACACACACGCACACACACACACGCACCUCUUGUCCUGCCGCCCUCCACCGUCCCGAAUCUCGCCCUCUCCGACCAAACAAACACUCGCGCGUGAACAUGCUAAAUCCGCAACCUUCCGGCAUUUGAGAUAUCUCCGAAGAGACUUGGCCUGCUUACCAAACCCGCCACGCCACGCAAGCGCCAUCCCAGCCGCAUCAUCUCACCCAUUGGAUUCGUACCUGUCAGCAGCAGACGGACGGCCUUGUUGCGGCAUAUCCACCGAGCACUCUUGAUAUAGAACUGCCCGAGGCCAACGCCACCCAACAUUGACUGAUCCGGAGAACCCCGCCCCGGAAACCGUGUGACACCAUGGAGACUGUCGUUGAUCACGAUGUCGUCGAGGUGGACGAGUUUGAUGCGCUGUCCAUCGAGGUGAAGACGGGGGCCGCGCCGAUUGAUUCGGUAGUGUCGGUCGCGCCGAUCCCGGCCAGAUUUCCCGCAAAACUCCACGCCCGCAAGGUCGCCGCGGAACUCAACGCCAGCGAUGGCCUCGUCUUCCUGCCCGGCGAGCCGAGCCGUAGUUACGAGGACUCGGAUAUGGGACCGGCCUUUAGGCAACGGCGAUACUUCUACUACCUGAGCGGCGCCAACUUCGCUGACUGCGCCGUGACCUACGAGCUCGCCUCGGACCGCCUCAUCCUCUGGGUCCCCUACGUCGAGCCGCGUCAGGUGCUCUGGUUCGGCUCGACGCCCGGCAUCUCCGAGUGCCUGAAGCAGUUCGACGUCGACGACGUGCGCUACACGACCCAGCUGAACAAAUUCCUGUACCGCCACCUCACGCCCGGUUCGACGCUGUACGUCAUCCACGCCGACCAGGUGCCACUGCACGGCGACUUCUUGCAGUCCGCCGCCGAGGUGCGCAUCGACGUGACGUCGCUGCAGCCCGCCAUGGACCAGGCGCGUGUCAUCAAGACGGAUUACGAGGUCGCCAUGAUCCGCAAGGCCGCGGCCGUCUCGGCACUGGCGCACCGCCGGGUCGCCGAGAAGCUCCUGAGGCUGGAGAACGAGAGCGAGAUCGAGGCCGUCUACCAGGCGUGGUGCACGACCUCCGGCGCGAGAGAGCAGGCGUACGCCAUCAUUGCCGGCAGCGGCAAGAACGCGAGCACGUUGCACUACGACGCCAACAACGAGCCGCUCGAGGGGAGGGAGGUCGUCGUCUUCGACGCCGGCUGCGAGUGGCACUGCUACGCGAGCGACAUCACCCGCACCCUGCCCAUCUCGGGCAAGUUCUCGGCCGAGGCCAGGGCGGUGUACGACAUCGUGGCCAGGAUGCAGGACGAGUGCAUCUCCUUAAUCCGCCCGGGCACCCUGUUCUUCGACCUGCACAUCCACGCGAGCAGGGUUGCGCAGCAAGGGCUUCUGAAGCUGGGCGUCCUCAAGGGCGACCCGGCCGAGGUCUGGGACGCGGGCACCGUCGCCGCCUUCUUCCCGCACGGCCUGGGACACCAUGUCGGACUCGAGGUCCACGAUGUCUCGGGGCGGGAGAGGCUGCUGCUGCUGAACAACGUCAUGGGCGGCCAAGGGGGCCGCGUAGGCAAGAGGGAGGUGGUCACGCCCGAGAUGCUGGGUGCCAUGGUGCAGGCUUCCGCGCUGGGUGCCGUGGGGGCGGCGCCGCCGCCGUAUAAGGGGCGGCAGUAUCUGCGGAAGAACAUGAUUGUGACGGUCGAGCCUGGCAUCUACUUCUGUCGGGAGUACAUCGAGGGCUACUUUCUCAGCAACCCCAGGCACGCACGCUUCAUCAACAAGACGGUGCUGGAGCGGUACUACCGCGUCGGCGGCGUGCGCAUCGAGGACGACAUCCUCGUGACGGAUUCCCGGUACGAAAACCUCUCGGCCGGCGCGCCCAAGGGGGAUGAGCUGGUGAGGGUCAUCAACGGCAAGGCGUAGUCUAGCGCGCGCCCGCGCCGGGGGGGGG